UUUUUUUUUUAUACAGUUUUUGAAAUAUUUAUAAAUGGUCUACCAAAAGGCUGAUGAAUAACAGUCCAUUAUUAUGAUAUUUUUCCCUCGUUUACAUUUCUCUCCAAAAUUCUCUAGAUUUUACCUAUUCAUUCGGUUGUCUCUGGAUUUAUUAUAGUCUGUAACACUAAAGUUUAAACGAAAGUCUUUUUUCCCAACAGACCUCAAUUACUCCAGGAUUUUUUAUGGGGGCAUGUGAAAGUCAAGUAUAAGUUAAAGUAUUCAGCCAUAUUGGUUGCCAAAUCUGACAAUUUGUGGCGAAAAAGGGGAGGGGGUCCUGGUUCCUUCUAUAUAUCUACUACUAGGACCACAUGCACCUGAAGUGUGGAUAGCUUACGUACCCCCACCCCUUACCCAAUGAAAAAUAAAUACAGAAUCAAUAGCUUAUAUCCAAAUUAUGUUAUUUCCCCCACCGAUCACCCUCAUAAGUCGUUCUGAAUAGCCAGUAUCUACUUUCUGUAAGAUUUUGAGGUGGCCACUUGUGAGAUAUUAAUAUGUGUAAAGGUGCGCGAGACAUUCGAAGAGUUCCGAUUUUAUAAUCUAUGCGUCAUCCGGAACACUUCGGGUCUUUCACCAAAAACGCCGUGUUUUCGGUGAAAGGCCCGAUGUGCUCCGGAUGAUUUAUGUGUACCACACUAUAUAUUUACUUUCUAAAUAAUCUUUUCACUGUUUUCUUUUAUAUGCAAAUGUUUUCAAGCAUGUAAUUUAAAGAAAGUUAAUAACUUUAAACUCUAAUUAAUCUGCUUGAAAGUAAUUAUGUACAAAAAUAAUACAGGAACAUCGGAUCAUACAGCUUUAAGUAUAGCUGGCUUCUAUAGUAGCCGACUUUCUCUGUUUUAAGUAUAGCCACCGAACAUAUUUCAUUCAGUGAUAAUUUGAAUGAUUAAUUUUGUUUUCCUGAUUUCGGAUUCUACACAUUAAUAAGUUGUGUGUAGUUGACAAGUGUCAAUUUCUAUAUUGCGGUGACAGAUUUUCGAUAAUGCAGCAAAUCUUCAUUAUUUGAUUAUACACUUUGACAUUAAUUCAUCCUGAUAAGAUAAGAUCUGCUCGGUUAUGAUAUGUUUAUGAUGAGUUUUUUAAUUGCACACAUUUCAAAUACAAUCAUCAUGAGGAAGUUUGUUGGAAUCCAAUAUAAUUCACUCUGCUCUAAAAAGACAAUCGGCGUAGAUUAGUUCUACAUUGACAAGUGAUUGAAAGUGCUCACCCUCAAAGGCAUGAAAAUAAGGACGAAAUUCAUCUUUUUAAUUGUCCAUAUUUGCAUGUGAAAUAGGUUUUCUGUGGAAAGAUGUUUACGGUAUAGUCCAAAGAUGUCAGACAAUGGUAGUUUAACAGUAAGCCAACUCUUCAAUUGUCGAGUGCUUGACUGUGAAAUUACUAGUCCCUAACUUUGUCGAGUGCUUGACUGUGAAAUUAUUAGUCUCUAGCUUUGUCAAGUGCUUAACUGUGAAAUUAUUAGUCCCUAACUUUGUCGAGUGCUUGACUGUGAAAUUAUUAGUCUCUAGCUUUGUCGAGUGCUUGACUGUGAAAUUACUAGUCCCUAGCUUUCCCUCCCAUAUUCUAACGACUCUUGUUAUUAUCCAAUUUUUCUUCUUCCAAAAAUAAUGAAAACGGAAACUAAGAUGAUCAUUUAAUAAGCAAAAUAAAUACAAUUUACCGUAUAGAAUGCAAUAUAUUCUUCUGAUGAUUUCUCAAAUACAUGUUCGUCCAAAAACAGUGGGGGAAAGUGGUAUAGGCUUUAUAGGGAGGGGCAGUAUAUUUCAACUUUUGAACAUCAUUGAAAAUUAACAAGCCCCCUCCCCCCUUUUCUUUCAGGAAUUCUCUAUUUAAACUUACAAUGUAUUACAACAAAACUAAGUCAAAAACAGAUAUCAACCCAUACUUUCAUUUUUUUGUAUCCAGUAUUCUUAAUUGAUACGUGCCGGAUUGUCUCUCAUACACCGUACACAAUAGGACAAGAGUGAAUAAAAAAUAGCUGGCUAACUGUCAUACACCGUACACAAUAGGACAAGAGUGAAUAGAAAAAUAGCUGGCUAACUGGUAUACGUUUCAUGUUUGAAUAAAAACUGAAGAUAAAAUGGAUAGAAAUUAAAAAAAAAAUAACGUAGAUAGAUGAACACAUGGAUUAUUUACUUUGCAUACUAGUACACAAAUCACGUGCGCAGUAAGUACUGAAAAAUAGACAGUGCAAAGACACGCGGCGUGUAUAUCAUGACGGAGACAUUGUUUAAGGUUCAAGGUUCGCUACUGGUCCCUCUCUAUAUUGGAUAAAGCAUAUUUCAUACUCAUCAAAUAUGUACUCGUGUGACAUCUCCUAGUCAUGAACUGCCGAAAAGCAUCUAUCGUCUGUUUAUUUUUCACCACUGUACUGCUCAUUUUCGUUUAUGUGACAUAUUUUAAUCAUGGACCCCCCGAGAAGAUACUGUCCGCUAACACUAAGAUUAAUAAGUAUUUAGACCGAGUGUUAGCUGGAGAUGGUGAUGAAGAAGUUCUUAGAUCUGCACGUGCGUGGAAUUCAUUCGUCAAGGACAAUCAUUUUGUUUCGAUAGGUGACAUUUACGAUCAAUGCGAUGAAGACGGCAAAAAAUGGUUAGGGAAAACUGUCAUUUUACCAGAUAAAGAGAGAGGAGGUGUAAAGUCUAAAACGUUUUUAAAUGUAACAUUUGAGAAAACUUUAGCAGAUGGUGAAUUUUUCUUGAGUGUGAGUUAUGGCGGGAAAGAUCUGUACGAAAAUCAAUGGAAGUUUUGUGAGAUGGAGGAGGAGGAGGAGGAGGAUCGAUGGAUCUUCUGUCCUUAUAAACCCGGAAGUUACUCCUGGGUCAUAGAUAGAAAAAUACCCAGCUACCUCCCCAAGGGAACAUAUAAAGCAACGGCGAGGCUAGCUGAUGAAAAUGGCGAAAUACUGAUGUGUGGAUUUGCGGAAUUUGUUUUGUAGAUCUGAUAUUAGUUUUUGCAUCAUAAGGUUUUGACGUUUCAGUAACAGCCUUAGACCAUGUUUAGACAUCAAGAUAUGUAUCUAUAUACAUGUAUGUGUGUUUAAAUGAACGAGAUAAAGUUUUGCGUACCUGCCAACAGUGAUAUUUGAUAUUAGAUAUGAUUGUUUACUCUUGUGUAAGUGUAUUCAUUAUGACGUUCCCUUCUACCAUUGUUUCAGUUAUCCAAUGCAUAACGAUCAUAUUUCAUAUCUAAUAAAUGGAUGAUGUCAUUUCUGUAGUCAUUGUAUCAAUUGGAUGAGUUUAUGAAAUAAAAGUAGGAAUUUACAACA